AUGGAGAAGUGUAUUGAAGCGAGCGAGCGCAUUCUUGCCGCCGCAAAGAGUGUGACUACAGCGUCUGUCUCAACUCAAACUGCGUUAGAGGGCGUAGAAGAAGCGAGUACAGUCAGCACUGCUGGAGCCCCAGGCGGUCAUGCCAUUGUGCUGGUUCUCAUCGAUGGUACAAGCCACCAGUUUCUUGAUGAACUAUACCGCAAUAAGAUGUCAGGAGGAGCUGAGACAGCGAAGCGUCUUCGUGAUGUCGUGGGUGAGAGGGUUGCAGCCAUACUUCCCGCAGUCGCACGAAGCGGGUACCAUAUCUUCAUCAAGAUUUUCGCCUGCCUGAAGACUCUCUCGACCCGCGCUGCCGCAGCUAAGCUCACUUCUCCGGAGCCUAGAUCCCUUGGGUUCCACUUCGGCGAAUUCUCCAAGGUCUCUUCCUUCUUCGACUUUGUGGACACAGGCGACGAGGGUCAUGUACCGACAAAGAUUAGUGGUAAAGUUCUUUUCCUGCAUGAGAUAUCUGGUGCUGACAUGCCUGGUGUAGAAAACUUCAAGUUUUACAUGGCCGACCCGAACUGCAAACACGUUUUCUUUGCCGCCGUGGGCUCGUCUCUGUACCGCCGAGCACUAUAUCCCUAUCGCGGCCAGGCUAAGAAGGUAACACUUGUGCGUGGCACGAGCAAUACUGGCGGGUUAAGUGAGCUGGGGUUUCCUGUUGUGACAUUCGGCAAUGUGUUCUCUAUACCAUUGAUUGGUCAGGUCCAGGCUGGAGGUACAACGCAGAUUGACACUACGACAGAGUCUCCCAUGGCUGAUACCGCUGCAAAAGCACGUUCCACGAGCAACACAAGUACUUCCACCAGUCUCAUCGAUGUCAGUGGAGAUCUCGAGACUGUGGGGGCUACGUUAUACGAAGGCAAGUUGCCAUCCUGCUACAUUGACGGCCACCUACCCGUGAAUGCGGCAGAGCAGCGCAUCGACAUUUAUGUGCCAAAGCCACCUGCAGCGGAGAUCGAUAUCUACAAGGCGCACUACAAACGGGAUAAGCUGUGCAACCAACACCAUCUAGGCAACUCUUGCACCAUCGCAAAAUGUCGAUACUACCACGGCGUGUUGGAACCCGAAGCAUACAGGGCGCUGCAGUACCAAGUGAUUCGCCACCCAUGCAAAAAGGGUGGCCUUUGCAGAUCUUCAAAUUGUUUCCACGGACACGUCUGCCAGAGCGAAAAAUGCGCUGUAGCAGGCAAUAAGGUUAGGGGAUGUAUAAUGCCCGCUUCGAUGCACGGGAUGGAUCUUAAGGUCGCUGGCUGGGUGGCCCCAUCGAAUGACAAAGUGAAGAACAAAGCUAGGCUGGCUGCACCGACCAAGAUGGAAGAUCUCCGGCCAUUCGACGAUAUCGGGGACCUUAUCGACUUUGACUAA